GUUCUGAGCAUUCGCUGGAGAAGCAUUGCAAUUUGCAGGAAGAAGACUUCGGGCGCACGCUUACAGGGCGCAAGUGAAUCAGGCAGUGAGGUUACAAUAGCCUCCCUUCACAUCCUGAGAUAGCAUCCGCUCUAACCAUGGCGGAUGCGUUAAACAAACAGAGGGAGCUCUUUGAAGCACGGAACCGCAAGCUGCAGGCUAGCUUGGCCGCAGACGAGGCGGCACGAAAAGCGGCCUUGGCGCCCCCUCCCAUCGCGCCCGCUCCCGCUGGCCCGGCUCCAGAGAGGACGACGCACUGGUCCCAGGAUGCCAAGUUGAAAGCGCUAGCACAGCAGCAGGCGGGGGCGUGGUCGAGCGCACUCCAUGCAAAGGAGCUGCAGGCGGCGCUGCGGAAGGCGCCGCUGGCGAGCAGGAUCAGGACCGUGCUGAAUGCGCUUCUGGAGGACCGAGGGCGCAUGACCGCCGCUGAUCUUCAGCGAGUCACAGGAAUUGACGUCCUUGAAGCAGACAUCAUCAAUCAGUUGCGGAGCAAUGUUAAGGUGGACUUCAAUGCACAAAGUGGAACGUACACUUACAAGUCAAAGCACAACGUGAGCGACAAGGCGGGCCUGCUGAAGCUGAUUCGGAUGUGUAAGGAGGGAAUUUUGGUCAGCGAACUCAAGGAUGCAUACCCGGGGGUGGUGGAGGACAUAGAGGGCCUUCGGGAGGCGGGCCAGCUCUGGGUGCUUCCCAACCUUGAUAUACAGGACGAGAUUGCGUACCCAAACGACCCGAAGGCCGUCAUCAAGGUGGACAAGGAUAUCAAGGACCUGGUUCGGGGCAUAGAGCUGCCACGGGACCCUUUAGAUAUUGAAAGGGAGCUUGAGAAGGCAGGCCUAAAACCGGCCAUGAACACGGCUGCACGGAAAGCAGCAAUGGUCAACCUACGAAAGUUCCUUGCUGAGCGGCCUAGGGAAAAGAAGAAGCGGGAGUCAAAGCGGACAAAGUACACCAACAACCACAUGCCUGAGCUUUUCAAUGGUGCUCAAGGCAUGAUGCCACACUGAUCUGAUUCGUUCAUUGGGAAGACAUUGUAACUAUAAAGAAUCGAGUCUUCGUCAAGCCACGUCAUUGCUGGAUCCGCCUACCUGUAUCAAAGAGUGACCUUGACCGUUGUGCACGAAGUUUAGUCACAGGCUGCUAAGUUUGGAACCAACAUAACUGCUACAUUGAUAUCAACGGCAAGUCAGCUUCCGGUGACUGUCGCAAGGAGAUCAGUUGCAUGCACGCAUGAGCUCGAGGAGUCGACUUAAUUGGUGUUGGAGG